AUGCAAGAUAAUUAAGAUAAUUAAGGUAAUUAAGAAUACUAAGAUAAUAAAGAUAAUUAAGAUAAUUAAGAUAAUUAAAAUAAUUAAAAUAAUUAAGAUAAUUAAGACAAUUAGGAUAAUUAAGAUUAAUAAGUCAAUAUAGAUAAUAAAAAUAACUAAGAUAAUAUAGAUAAUUAAGAUUAUUAAGAUAAUAUAGAUAAUUAAGACAAUUAAGAUAAUUAGGAAUAUUAAGAUAAUACAAAUAAUAUAGAUAAUAUAGAUAAUAUAGAUAAUUAAAAUAAUUAAGAUAAUUAAGAUAAUUAAAAUAAUUAAAAUAAUUAAGAUAAUUAAGAUAAUUAAAAUAAUUAAGAUAAUUAAGAUAAUUAAGAUAAUUAAGAUAAUUAAGAUAAUUAAGAUAAUUAAGAUAAUUAAGAUAAUUAAGAUAAUUAAGAAUGUUAAGAAUACUAAGAUAGUUAAGAUAAUUAAGAUAUUUAAGAUAAUUAAAAUAAUCAAGAUAAUCAAGAUAAUCAAGAUAAUCAAGAUAAUCAAGAUAAUCAAGAUAAUCAAGAUAAUCAAGAUAAUCAAGAUAAUUAAGAUAAUCAAGAUAAUUAAGAUAAUCAAGAUAAUUAAUAUAAUCAAGAUAAUUAAGAUAAUGAAUAUGAUCAAAACUUUGAUGAAGAAAAUAAUUCUUAAAAUUAAGAUGAAGUAUAAAAUAAUUUUGAAAAAAAUGAUGAUGAUUAAAAUGAUUAUGACUAACAUGAUAUUUCCUAAAACAAUUAUUAAGAAAAAGAGGAAAAAAAUAGUGAUAAUUCAAUAUAAGAAGAUGAAAAUAAAAUAAAAGAAGAUAAUAGAAUAAGAGUAUAAAAUAAUAUUUAUAUAUAUAUAUAUUAAAUAAAAAAAUAUAGAAAUAGACACUAACUAAACCUAUAAUAAAAGAUAUAAAGUAAAAAACAAAGUAAAUAUAAUUCAAUUAAUAUUAAAAAAAGUUAAUAAACAUUAAAUCUAUUAGACGAAAACGAAGUUAAUCCCAAUAAAUAAAAAAGUGUUAAAUUUAAUCUUUAAUUUCCUAAUGCAGAUAUUUAAGACAAAAUAUUAAAUGAAAUAGAUACAGAUUUCAAUAAAUAUUAUUAAAGUCUUACCUCAGCAUACACUGAUACAUAAUUUCCACCACAAUUAGAUUCAUUAACAAAAAAUAUUAAAGCCUUUCCAAAAGCAAGUUAAUAUGUAUGGCUAAGAGCUAGAUAAUUCUGUGAAUAAACUCCUUAAAUAUUUUAUUAAGAAAUUUCACCUAAUGAUAUUAAAUAAGGAGAAUUAGGUGAUUGUUAUUUUUUAAGUAGCUUAAGUGUUUUGGCAGAAAAUCCAAAUUUAGUUAAACGCCUUUUUGUUACGCAAGAGUAUAAUGAUAAAGGCUGUUAUUCAUUGUGGAUGUGUGUAGAUGGAGAAUGGUAAUAAAUAAUAAUUGAUGAUUACUUUCCAUGUGAUAAAUAAUCAAAAUAGCCUGUAUUUUCACGCACAAACGGACCUGAGUUAUGGGUAUUAAUAAUGGAAAAAGUUUAUGCAAAGAUCCAUGGUUCAUAUGAUAAAAUUGAAGCAGGUUAAACAAUAGAAGCAAUAAGAGAUUUAACAGGGGCUCCAGGGAAGACUAUAAAAAAUGAAAAUGUGGAAGAAGUUUGGGAUUUUAUAUUAAAAAAUGAGCGUAAAAAAUAUUUAUUAACAUGUGGUUCUUAAUCUGAUGAUAGAGGAAUGGAAACUAAAAAGGAAUCAGGUAUAGUAUCUUCACAUGCUUAUGGAAUUCUAGAUGCCUAAGAUAUUGGAAUUGCAAGACUUAUUUAAGUCAGAAACCCUUGGGGGACUAUGGAAUGGAAAGGUGAUUGGAGUGAUAAAAGUAAUAAAUGGACUCCUGAGCUGAAAAAAAAAGUCGGGUUUUAAGACAAUGAUGAUGGAAUUUUCUGGAUUGAUGUGAAGGAUUAUAUUAAAGAGUUUUCAGAAACUAGUGUAAACUUUUUAAAUGAAAAUUAUUUUUAUUCUUCAAGGAAAUUUUAAGAUGUAUAAAAAGUGAUCUUUUGUUUUAAUGUUAAUAAAAAAUGUCAUGCUUAUUUUUCUUUAUAAUAAAAAAGCGAAAGGCAUUUUGCAAAAAUACAGAAUUCAAAUUAUAAAUAUUCUAUUAUUAGACUUAUUAUUUGUUAACUUGAUAAUAAUAAAUAACCUUUUAGUUAUUUAGGAGAUUCAUAUAGUUGCUUUAAAGAUACUUUCUUUGAUCAUGAAGUUCAGCCAGGUAUAUAUGCUGCUUUUAUAGAAGUAGAUUGGCAGUAAAAGUAAUGCUAAGAUUUUGUUUUUAGUAUAUACUCAAGUUCUGAAGUAAAUUAAAAUUAAAUUUAAUAAGGUUAAGGCUAUUAUGAAUUUAUGAAUAAUUGUGUAGCUUUAAAAGAAUUUAAUUCGAUGAAAGAAAAUAAAAGAACAGUUUAUGAAGAGUGCAAUUAAAUAAUUAGAGAUUGUGCUUCGUUUGGAGGUUAUUUGUUUUUUUGUUAUAGAAAUUAAUCUAAAGAUUUUGUUUUGGAUGAAGAAAUAAAUCUAUAAGGAGAAAAUUUGCAAAUUUUAGAAGAUAAUAAUCGAGAUGUAUUAUAAGUUGAUAAAAAAAAAAAUUCUUUUAAAAUUAAUUUAAAACCUGGUUAAGUUCAAAUAAUUAAAUAUUUAAUACAAAGCAAAGGAAACGGUGCUUAUAGUUAUGGUUUUGAUUAAGGAUAUAUUAUUAAUUAAAAUAUUAGUAUCGAUAAGAUUAUUUAAGAUGCAAGAAUUAGUAAAGAAAAGGGACAAUAAAGAGAUGAUAAAAAUAUCUUUUUUAAAAGCAUUAAAUAUUAAGAGGGAAUUAUUCUUUUUUAUAUUAAUGAAACUAAAAAUAUUAUAUAUAAGGAAGAGCUUGAAUUGAAUUUAAAUAAUUUGGUUGUAGACAACAAGCCUAAUAAUUAAAUUCCAAUAUAAAUAGAAGUAAAACCAGGAUAAGUUGACUAUGUUAUUUUAAAAAAUAUUGAUAAAACAUAACCUUCAUCUUAUUCUAUGAGUUUUGGAUAUUAAUUUAAUAAAAUUUGA